CUUCCAUUAGUACGACUCCCUCCUCAGAGCUUCCCUUGCCCCAAGAAACACCAUGACUUGUGGAUCUUACUGUGCUAGCCCCUCCUUCAGCUGCAUGUCUGCCUGUGGGCCCCGGCCAGGCCGCUGCUGCAUCACUGCUGCCCCCUACCGCGGAGUCUCCUGCUACCGUGGCCUCACCGGGGGCUUUGGCAGCCACAGCGUCUGCGGGGGCUUCCGCGCUGGCUCCUGUGGCCGCAGCUUUGGCUACCGUUCCGGAGGCGUGUGUGGACCCAGCCCACCCUGCAUCACCAGUGUGUCUGUCAACGAGAGCCUCCUCACGCCCCUCAACCUGGAGAUCGACCCCAAUGCUCAGUGCGUGAAGCAUGAGGAGAAGGAGCAGAUCAAGUGCCUCAACAGCAGGUUCGCUGCCUUCAUCGACAAGGUGCGCUUCCUGGAGCAGCAGAACAAGCUGCUGGAGACCAAGUGGCAGUUCUACCAGAACCGCAAGUGCUGCGAGAGCAACCUGGAGCCCCUGUUCGAGGGCUACAUCGAGACGCUGAGGCGGGAGGCCGAGUGUGUGGAGGCUGACAGCGGGAGGCUGGCAUCGGAGCUCAACCACGUGCAGGAGGUGCUGGAGGGCUACAAGAAGAAGUAUGAGGAGGAAGUUUCUCUGAGAGCAACAGCUGAGAAUGAAUUUGUGGCCCUGAAGAAGGAUGUGGAUUGCGCCUACCUCCGCAAGUCAGACCUGGAGGCCAAUGCAGAGGCCCUGAUCGAGGAGAUCGACUUCCUGCGGCGCCUGUAUGAGGAGGAGAUCCGCGUUCUCAACGCCCACAUCUCAGACACCUCGGUCAUCGUCAAGAUGGACAACAGCCGGGACCUGAACAUGGACUGCAUUGUGGCCGAGAUCAAGGCUCAGUACGAUGACAUCGCCAGCCGCAGCCGGGCUGAGGCUGAGUCCUGGUACCGCAGCAAGUGUGAGGAGAUGAAGGCCACGGUGAUCCGGCACGGGGAGACCCUGCGCCGCACCAAGGAGGAGAUCAACGAGCUCAACCGCAUGAUCCAGAGGCUGACGGCUGAGGUUGAGAAUGCCAAGUGCCAGAACACCAAGCUGGAGGCCGCAGUGACCCAGGCUGAACAACAAGGCGAGACUGCUCUGAGCGAUGCCCGAUGCAAGCUGGCGGAGCUGGAGGCCGCCCUGCAGAAGGCCAAGCAAGACAUGGCCUGCCUGGUCAAGGAGUACCAGGAGGUGAUGAACUCCAAGCUGGGCCUGGACAUCGAGAUCGCCACCUACAGGCGGCUGCUGGAAGGCGAGGAGCAGAGGCUGUGUGAGGGCGUUGGCGCAGUGAAUGUGUGCGUCAGCAGCUCCCGCGGUGGCGUCGUCUGUGGCGAUCUCUGCGCCUCCGGUGCUGCCCCUGCUGUCACCAGCAGAGUCUGCAGCGCCCCCUGCAGCGGCAACAUGGUGGUGGGCACUAGCUGCUGCGCCCCGUGCUCGGGGGCCAGCACCUGCGGCGGGAGCUGUAAGAAGUGCUAGGGGAACGCCGCCGCCACCCGCGCGCAGCCGCGUCACCCUCCGGCCAGGACCUCCCGCACCCCGAACGCCCCGCUGUCGCCGCCACCGCUCCACGACCGCCAGCUGCCGGCCCCCCCCUCCCGCCCCCAGCCGGUGGCUAGGUGUGCGCAUCCUCCCUACCUGCUCCCUCUCCCGUGUGCCGUCCCCCAGGCGCCCUGAGCCCCGGGGAGGUUGGGGCGGCCCCUCGGCCUCUCUCCGUAGCCUUUCCUAGUAGUGGCUUUGUUGUCUUCAGGAUUCAUCCUUUCUUCUGCCUUCUGCUUUUCCCGCUGGAUUCGUGCGUCCUGACUGACCCCUUCACCCCAGCUUGCAGGGACGGGGCGAGCCCCAGAAUCCCCGCUGUCCUGCACUUCCUGGGAAUGCGCCAGUGCGCUCCUACCUGUGGAACUUAGGUGGGGGACACUGAUGGUGGCUUUCCUGAAACUCUGUGAGGGACAUGAGCGGUGGAAGGGAAGAGCACCUCCUUCCAGGGCUGCCUGCAGAGGUUUCGACAAAGCCCAAGGCUCAACUGCCAGUCUGUUUCUUUGCCUUUGUUUCAUUCUGUGUUUCCA